GUAAAUUUGUCUGAAUCACUGGUUCAAAUGUUUCUCGAUUAUUGGACGGAAUUCGGUGAAUACAUAUGUGAACGUUUCUGCGAAAUCUCUAAUUCAGGAAUUCCAACUCUGCUUGAUGUAAACUGGACCAUACGAUUGGAUAUGGCGCGGAAAAAAAUUCCGAAAAUGUCGGAAGCAAAGCUCAUUUUGGAAUUACUCACUGAUCAGGGCCUCAAGAUUUAUGAAAUGCCACGAGAAGAGCUAAUUAAAUUACGUGAUGUUGUAAAUGAAAUACAAAAACAUGUAGACUUAUUGGUUUUUGAUACUUUAUUGCAUUAA